GCCGCCAAUGUGGUGCAAAUCCAGGAUUCAGAAGAGAUGGAAGAUGAAACUCCUGCAUUUUCAGACGCUUCUGGUUGUCAAUUGUGUCUUAAAAAUCCUUCUAAAUACACCUGCCCUCGAUGUAAUGUGAAAUAUUGUUCAGUUGAGUGCUACAGAAGCAGAAAACAUGUCGAGUGUUCUGAAAACUUUUACAAGAAGUGCGUAAUGAGUGCGCUUCAAGGAGACACAGUGGACGAACAAGAGAAACGAAAAAUGAUGGAGAUGUUGAAACGCUUUGAGGCAGAAGAGAAAGAGGAAAGUUUACCUGAAGAUGAGUUAAAUUUGGGUGAAGAUUUGGAGGAAAGGCUAGAAGGUCUGAACUUGGACCUGGAUACUGAAAAAAUAUGGGAAAAGUUGACACAGGAGGAGAAGAGGGAAUUUCAAAGAGCAGUUGAUGAUGGAUAUAUUGGGUCACUUAUUGAUUCAUGGGUACCUUGGUGGAAAGCAGCAGAUACAAGCCACCAUGAGACAUUCAAAAGUGAGAUGUCCGGGGAUGAUACCAAACCAAAACUGCUAAAAAAUAUCCCUCAUUUAUCUACAUUGAUCAAGUCCAAACUACCAAGUGCUCAGACAAAGUAUAAUCUCAUCAACAUUCUCUAUAGCUAUGUCUAUGUCUGUAGAUAUUACAAUGGUUGUCAUCAUGAAUUCAUACUAGAAGCUAUUGACAAGAUCUGGAAGCUCUCAGCAGUAUUGUAUCAUACUGUAAAUUGUUCCAGCUUAGACAAUGCAUUAAGGAGUGCCGUUGAAGCCAUCCAGCAACACAAAGAGCUGUUUACAUCUGAGGAGUUUUCUCUAUCAAUCAUUGAUGAUAUUUCUUUGCUUCUAAGAGAGAACAAUUCAGAAAUCAACUACGUAGAAGCAGCCUUAUCAGAUCUUCACAGAUCAAUUGCAAGUGCUAUUAAAAUUACCAAGAAUGCUGGUGAGUCAAAAGAUCGUGCAAAGACGCUUUGGCUUGUGAAGAAAAAGGUCCUGUUUAUGUUAAGUUGGUUUCGUGAAAAUAAAGACGAAUGUAUGACAUUGAUUCCUUUUCUUCCUGUCAUAAAAGAGGCAAUGACCUUAGAAGUGAAGCAACUUCAAGAAGAGAACUUGAAGAUACAAAAGUCAAGAAUGGGGAAAUCUGGUAAAAAAUUGAUUGAAGAAUUGAAUUAGAUAAUAUUGAAUAAUCAUUGAUGCUAUUGUAUAAGUACAUGUAUUUUGAAAUAUCUGCC